AUGCGUAAACGUACACUGGAUGGAGUAAGGUAUCCAUAUUUAUAUCUCAUACAUGAAGAAAUAAAGAAGCUUUACGAUAACGAUGCCGGUAAUAAAUCCAACGAGAUGAAAUGGGAUGUCCUAACAUUAAGAAGAAAAUAUGAAAAUAUAAAAAAAAGAACAAAAAAGAAGUAUGCUGACGAAAAGGUGUAUGCUAGAGGGACAGGUGGUGGACCAUCAAAAAUGUCAAAAUUUUCUUCCCUAGAAGAAUCUGUUAAGGACAUUUUAGGAACUCGUAUAACAGGAAGUCAAUCCAAUUACGAUGAUGACAGCACAGUUAAUAUAUGUUCAGAGAAUAAAAAAAUACCUGCCUUUGAAACCGAAACUCAUGAAAUCAAUUAUGAUGAUGAAAAUAUUGAAAAAGAAUCAGAAAAAAUACAAGUAUUGGAGGAGCCAGAGACUUUAGGCGAUUGGAGGACAUAUGAACCCUCCAUGUUAAAGCAAUCGUCAACUCUUGUACCAAGAUGGAGAACUUCAUCUAAUGCUACACCUUUGAGUGAAGAAGACAAAGAAAAUAAUUUUCAAAAUAUUUUAAAUGAAACAGAAAUAAGUACUCCAAGAAAGGCCACACCUAAACAAAAGAUCACACCUAAACAAAAGGCCAACGACAUUUGGACUCAAGUGGGGAAGGCCAAAUUAGAUAUUCUUCAUUUACAAAAAGAAAACCUUUUGGAGGACCACCAGAGAAAAAAUGCUCGUGAUGAGGAGGAACACCUAUUAAAAUUGGAAAUUUUACGUGCAGAACUUGAUGCCAAAAGAAAAAUAUGUAAUGCAUGCAAAAAUCUUGUUUAA